UUCUCCCUUUACUCGCCUCACUUGUCUCGUCUUGUUCGAGUCAACCUCCUUCUCUCUCUAAACCAUAUAUCCACUUACACAUUCAGUCAAGAUGGUCAAGGCUGUUGUUGCUGGCGCCUCUGGUGGCAUUGGCCAGCCCCUCUCUCUCCUCCUCAAGACCUCUCCUCACAUUGACGAGCUCGCCCUGUACGAUGUCGUCAACACCCCCGGUGUCGCUACCGAUCUCUCUCACAUCUCCUCCCGUGCCAAGACCACUGGCUACCUUCCCGCCAACGAUGGCGCUAAGGCUGCCUUCAAGGACGCUGACAUUAUUGUCAUCCCCGCUGGCAUUCCUCGCAAGCCUGGAAUGACCCGUGAUGAUCUCUUCAAUAUCAAUGCUGGCAUUGUCAAGGGUCUCAUCGAGGUCGCUGCUGAGGUCGCCCCCAAGGCUUUCAUCCUCGUCAUCUCCAACCCAGUCAACUCGACUGUCCCCAUCUCUGCCGAGGUCCUCAAGGCCAAGGGGGUUUUCAACCCUCAGCGUCUCUUUGGUGUCACCACCCUCGACAUCGUCCGUGCCGAGACCUUCGUUGCUGAGAUCACUGGCAAGGCCAACCCCCAGGAGCUGACCAUCCCCGUCAUUGGUGGUCACUCUGGCGAGACUAUUGUUCCCCUCUUCAGCAAGGCCUCUCCUUCAGUUCAGAUCCCCGACGACAAGUACGAUGCUCUCGUAAACCGCAUUCAGUUCGGCGGUGACGAAGUUGUCAAGGCCAAGGACGGUGCUGGUUCCGCCACCCUGUCCAUGGCCUAUGCCGGUUUCCGAUUCGCCGAGAAGGUUCUCCGUGCCGUCAAGGGCGAGAAGGGCCUUGUUGAGCCCAGCUACGUCUACCUUCCCGGUGUUCCCGGAGGCGAGGCCAUUGCUAAGGAAACUGGCUGCGACUUCUUCUCUGUCCCCAUCGAGCUUGGCCCCAACGGUGCUGAGAAGGCCACCAACCCCUUCGAGGGCAUUACCGAGAAGGAGAAGGCUCUGCUAGCCAAGGCCACCGAGGGCCUCAAGGGCAACAUCACCAAGGGUGUCAGCUUUGUCCACAACCCUCCCCAAAAGCUGUGAAAUUUCCCGGGCGAUUAUUUACGAUAGACGUUUUUGCGGUUCUGGCAUUGAAUCUGAGGAACUGUUGCAGGUAUGGUUGGAGUUUUGGUCAAGGGCUGAUCUAAGCCACGGCGAUAUUCAAAUCUUAUAUGUUCAUGACGGUCGAUAGUCGGAAGAUGGCGUGUUUGUGCCCCGAAUUGAAAACAAAAAAGGGUAUCAUGAUAUUAUAGCUAAGCAGAUAGCUCUCCUAGGGCUUAUUUGGUAUGGUUUUAAUUUGAAACACUGCUCCCGGCAACUCGUUGAUCUCGGCCUGUACACUCGUGUUGAUUCCAAGAGCAGCUAAAGCUCCCCUUACGAUACCGCAUGGAAACCACAGGAACUGUGACGCAUAUAGUCAGUACAACAGGACAUACAUGCGAAUAA